CCCCAUAUGCCAAGUAAAGCACCACCACCACCGCGCUUCUCGCUAUUCCCUUCUUUCUCUUCCACCCCUCUCCAAUUUCCCUCACUCCAAUUCACCACAACCCCCCAAAACUAACCUAAAGGCCACGCGCCGCCACCACCACAUGGACUCCCCCAAGAUCACCGACAAGCCGCAGCUUCCGAGCAAGACUCAGGACCCGAAUCCCAAGCCCGCCGCCGAUGCGCAGAACGGGGACAAAAACUGGGCCAGCUUCUUCAUGGAGCCGUCGGAGUCUCCGCCGCAGCCUCAGCCGGAUCCGGCCGCCAAGAGAUCGGUCCACUGGAGCCCCGAGCUCGUCACGCAGUCCAGCUCCAACAAUACCAGCUACGCCUCCUCCGAUUCGUACCAGCGAUCCGGCGCUUUCUCCGGUCAGUCUCCGGCGUUGACCCCCGCUUUCUCGUUGAAAGAUUCGGUGGACACUGUACGGAGUGUAUUCGGGAGAUGGAGAAGUGCGGUGGGGGAAGCCACCAAGAAGGCUGAGGAUCUCGCCGGAAACACGUGGCAGCACUUUAAGACAAGCCCUAGCUUUGCUGAUGCUGCGAUGGGAAGAAUUGCGCAAGGAACAAAGGUUCUAGCGGAAGGUGGUUACGAGAAGAUCUUUCGAUCAACCUUCGAGACAACUCCUGAGGAGCAGCUUCAGAAUUCAUUUGCGUGUUACUUGUCUACGUCAGCAGGUCCGGUUAUGGGAGUUCUGUAUGCAUCUUCUGCAAAGAUUUCUUAUUGUAGUGAUAAUCCCAUAUCCUACCAGGCUGAUAACCAAACUCAAUGGAGUUAUUAUAAGGUGGUUAUACCUCUACAUCAGUUGAAAGCAGUCAAUCCUUCAUCAAGCAGAUCCAAUCCUGCCGAAAAGUACAUACAGGUUAUCUCAGUUGAUAACCAUGAGUUUUGGUUCAUGGGCUUCUUGAAUUAUGAUGCUGCUGUGGAAUGCCUAAAUGGAGCUCUUCAAGCCCGGAGCUUAGCUGUGUGAAUUUUUUUGUUGCGGCAGACAUUUCCCGCGGGGCUUAUAAGAUGUUAUGUAACUUUUAACUUUAUAGGUUAAAUUCUUUUACAAUUCUCAUUCGACAUUUGAAAAAGUAUGUAAUUCUUUGAAAGUGAUCAACAGUCAUUUUAGAAGCUCAAUAUGGUAUAUACACAAGGAUUCAGAC